AUGGUGCAGUCGCGCUCGCUUUGUCUCGUGGCUGCUCUCUGCUUUGUCUGCCAGAGCCUGCAGGGAUGCGGCACGGAAGGAGAUUCCACUGGUUCAACGUCGUCCACGAGCACCAGCACAUCGUCUUCGACAACGAGCACAAGCUCAACGUCCACCACGCCAUCGCCACCACUGACCCCGAGUGACCUUGAAGCUGCUUGCCCCGCGGCGGUGGCAGCCUGCAAAAAAGAGACGGCUGUGUGUGAUCAGGCGUGGGUGUGUAUGGAAAGCAAGAUGCACACGUGCCAGGAUGGUGGUGACUGCCUUCAGGAGGUGGCAAAAGUUGGAGUUACCCCGGCCCUGGAAAGCCUUGGCGACUGCUUGUCGCACGCCUGCGAAUCAAGUACCACAUCAUCGACUUCGGCAUCAACCACGACGACAGCAACAAAACACAGCUCGCAGCCUAUGACGGAGCAAGAGAUGGAAAAGUCUUGCCCGGGAUUUGUGGACAACACAUGCAAGGAAGACAAAGUGUGCAAAGAAAUUUGGCUGUGCAUGUCUUUAUCGAUGAAGACAUGCAGUGAUGGCAGUGAGUGCAUCCAACGGACCAUUUCCAUCAUGCCUCCGACGCCUGCGGCGGAAGAGAUUGGCGCUUGCCUGGGGAAGGCGUGCACAGCAGGAAGCUCCACGUCAACUUCGACUCCAGCCGCAACAACCACGAAGGGUUCUCGACCCAUCCACAGCGCGGAUGUGUCAGCCGCGUGUCCAGGCUUCAUUGACCAGACCUGCAGCCCCGACUCCACGUGUGCUGACGCAUGGAAGUGCAUGGGCUCGAUGCAGACAUGUCAGCAAGGGAGCCAGUGCCUUGAGCAGGAGGCGAAGACUGGCACAACCCCUGCACUUGAGGAGUUAGCUUCGUGUUUGGAUAAGGCCUGUACAUCGGCUGAGCCUGGCAGAACCCAGGUCGUCAUUUGA